AAUACUUAAAUAAUUCUUCUAUAGUUUUUAACCAUUACCAGACGUUGUGGAGUCCCAGAGACUCCCAGAACUGUGUUAACACGUAUUCAUAUUUAGCCUUUUAUCCCAGCGCGGCACGCUUUUUAAGCCGGGCGUCCACCGAAAGCGGUGCUGUGCUGUGCUGCGUUGGGCUAUGCUGUGCUGUGCUGGGCAAAGCUGUAGUUGGACAGUCCACCAAAAGUUUGUCGUGCGUUAGCAAGCAUAAUAUGAUCUUAUAAAUUAUUAAUCUUUUAAUUAUGUUUAAUAAUAUAGAAAUUGAAAAGAAUCUUUUUGAUUUAAGUUCAGAAGAGGAUGAUUCCGAAGAUGAGCAUACAAAUAAUUUAUUAAGUUGUAUGCUUAUGGCGGAUAAAAGAAAACACAGAUUUUGGAUAUCAAAUCAUUUAGUAGAGCGAAAACAAUUUGGCGAAUUUCAUAAAUUAAUUCCAGUGUUAAGUGAUGAGCAGUUUAAAAAUUACUUUAGGCUUUCUAGAGCUCAGUUUGUGGAAAUUCAUGAAUUAAUAAGAUUUGAAAUUAUAAAGCUUAAUACGAACUACCGAGAAAGUGUCACAACAGAGGAGCGUUUGGGUGUAUGUUUAAGAUUUCUAGCGACGGGCGAUUCCUACAAAACAAUUGGAUAUAGUUUCCGUUUAGGAGAAAGAACUGUCUCAAAGAUAGUUAAUGAAGUUUGUUCAUCCCUUUGGUCCCAGUUGCAACCGACACUCAUGAAAAUGCCCGACCAAGAGUCUUGGAAAGCCUAUGAAUUGGAAUUUAGAGAACGAUGGCAGUUUCCAAAAUGUGUCGGUGCUAUAGACGGCAAGCAUGUGGUUAUAAAAGCCCCACCGAAUUCAGGUUCAUCGUUUUUUAACUACAAGAAAACUUUUUCUGUAGUAUUGAUGGCCAUAGCAAGUGCCAAUUAUCAACUGAUUGCAGUCGACAUUGGGUCAUCAGGCAGAUUUAGUGACGGGGGAAUAUUUGCUGAUAGUCCUAUUGGGCGAAGGUUAAAAACAAAUUCGUUUAAUUUUCCUGAACCUAGUCUCAUGGAAAAUUAUAAUGAAUAUAAUUUUCCCUUCGUAUUAGUCGGAGAUGAGGCAUUUCCGCUCAUGGUAAAUCUAAUGAGACCAUUUCCAAGACGAUCUUUAAAUAAAGAAAAUCGUGUUUUUAAUUAUCGCUUGAGCAGAGCUAGACGAGUUAUAGAAAAUACUUUCGGUAUAUUGGCAGCAAGAUUUCGAAUCUAUAAACGUCCAUUGGAAUGCAAAUUGGAGAGUAUAGAUAGCAUAAUUAAAGCGACCUGUGUUCUACAUAAUUAUUUAGGCACUAGGGAAGGUAGAUCGCCUAAUAUAAAUGAAGAACAAUUAGGAAAAAGUUUGCCUGAAAAUCAGUGGUUGCCAUUAGCACAUAGAGGUGUAAGAGCAACAGCUGAAUCUUUUGCCAUAAGGCAGAACUUUUGUAACUACUUUAACUCUGACACAGGAAGGAUUCCGUGGCAAGAUAAAAUUAUGUAAAUAACCAGGAGUAAUAAAACAAAUUGUCGUACGUUUUGUAUUUAUUUUAAGUAUCCUGUACCAAAUUUCUUGAAUAAAUGGUUCUUUUCGAGUUAAAAUAAAGAAUAAAUAAAAAUAAAUAUUAAAAUUUAACACCCUAUACCUUAGUAACCAUUUACUUUAGGUAAGUAUGGAAUAUAGAUAAAUAAUAUAGGUAUACAGGGUGUUUUACGUAACCACACUACUGUAAACUACACCCCUACUCGCUUAUUUUGAAUGAAACAGCCUAAUAUUGUUACUUUUUUGGAUUUCACAUUUCACACUAGAUUCUAAAAACUUUAAUGUAUCACACUUUUAUCUUUAUCCAACUGUUUUUAAAAUACAGGAUGCCAAAUAAAUAAUAUAGUGACUUUUACGACUUUAUGGGA